AUGGAGCGUUGCUGUCACCAUCUCCUCCUCCAUGUUCACGGCGGAGAAAGAGAAGAAGAAGAGCACGGCCACCGAUCGCCGGCGUGCCUAGACAACGAAGCAGCAGCGGCAGCCGCAGGCACGGCGUCUCCGCCGCGCAGCAAUAAGCGUCGUCGCCGGCGCGGGCGGGAGCUGUUCGAGUGCCGGACGUGCGGGCGGCGGUUCGCGACGUUCCAGGCGCUCGGCGGCCACCGGACGAGCCACCUCCGGCGGCGGCCGGCGGCGGCGGCGACGGAGCGCCACCGACGGCCCGAGCCCGCGGCGGCCCACGCGUGCGGCGCGUGUGGGCUGGGCUUCUCGACGGGCCAGGCCCUCGGAGGCCACAUGAGGAGGCACCGCCGGCCCAGCAACAACUGCACGGGUUAUGAUGACGUGGACCUUACGCAGAUGAUCGUGGACGAGAGGCCGCGUUCGUCGUCCUCGUUGCAGCUGCUCGACCUCUUCGUCUAG